AGAUAAGCAAGUGGGCUCGGUCUGUAUCUGCGUCUGUGUUCGAGUCCCCGGUGUCACAUCCAACCGUGUGUCGCAGUCGGAAACAUGUCCGGGGGUGUGAAAGGGUUUUACGGUCUGACGGCCAAGCUGCUGUCCGGGGAGAGCUUCUCGUUUUCGGCUCUCCGGGGGAAAGUCGUCCUCGUUGAAAACGUCGCGUCGCUGUGAGGAACGACGACCCGGGACUACACUCAGAUGAACGAGCUGCACGCGCGCUACUCCGCGCGCGGGCUCGUUAUUCUGGGGGUACCCUGCAACCAGUUUGGACAUCAGGAGAAUUCCAAGAAUGACGAGAUCCUGAAGUCUCUGAAGUAUGUCCGCCCAGGGAACGGAUUCGAACCAAAGUUCCAACUUCUCGAGAAGGCUGAGGUGAACGGACAGGCCGCCCACCCUCUGUUUGUCUAUCUGAAGGAGAAGCUUCCGUUCCCCUCCGACGACGCCGUUUCUCUCAUGACUGACCCCAUGUAUGUCAUCUGGAGCCCCGUCUGCAGGAACGACGUCUCCUGGAACUUCGAGAAGUUCCUCAUCGCGCCCGACGGGGAGCCGUACAAACGCUACAGCAGAAGGUUCCUCACCAGCGACAUCGAGGCAGAUAUCGAAGAGCUCCUCAAGCGUGUCGAGUAAAGCGUCCCGUUAUGCAGAGCUGAGCCAAUAAAUAGCUUUCUUCAAAUUUAGUCACAUAUAGGGGGGUUAUCCCCCCCUAUGCCCUCUCAAUACCACAUUUCAUGCAAUGGUUGCUGGAAGGGGUUGGGGGGUGGGGUACACCUCACUGGCUUUUGCAAUACACCGCUAUUGUUUAGCCUCUACACAAUGACGACAUUUCUUGAAAUGUUUUUGUAAGGGUAAUGUCUGAUGACUAUGUAAACGCGGGAACCUAGCAGCGUGUCGCAGCAGCCUAUAGGAUACACAGAUACCUUGAUGCAGAGUAUCAAUAAAUGUUCUUAAAAGUUACUGCCUUUGUCUUUUAUCUGGACUAUAUGGAAGAUGUCAGAGUGAUACUAUGGCUUUUUUAUGGGUGUUAUAUCUAGCUAUCCCCUUUGAGAAAAAUUUCUGAAGAAUUAUUCUUAAAAUCCAUCAUAGCAUUAAAUUAUAUUUGAGAGCCAAACAAAAUGAUUCAUUUGCCGUGACAGCAAAGGGAUCUUCUUCUUUUUUUUGUGAGCGAAAUAUGAGCGCUAUCGUGCUGUUGCAGAAGUCAUUUACAAACGCUGGCUUGGUUGUGGUUGAUUGUGAAAAAACUGUCAAAAUAUGUCUGUGAAUGUUCUCAUUCAUCCAGGUCAUGGUUAUCCAAAGGAGUUGAAUCAAGUGCAAGUGCAUAUAUACCAAGUCCAGUUGCACUUGAUUCAACUCCUUUGGAUGUCAAAAUAUGGAAAAUUGUAAUGCUAGUGUUAAAAUCCAAUUGGACGAUGGUGAGUAUUUGCCAUGCACCAAAGUACCCAUGCUUGCCAAGCUGCUGAACACUUUGAUUGUUAAAGACUUGCAGUUUUCAGAAUUAUAACAAAAACAAAAGCUAAUAAAAAACAUCAG